UUCUGUCGGAAGCGUAGUAGAAAAGUCGGCUAUUAACUUCUGUUCAUCUAGUCUGCCCAGUUCGUAGUAAUGCAAACGUGCAACUAGUGGUGUUUGCUUGGCCAGACGUUCUAGGCAUUGGACGGGGUCUGCUCAUAAGAGAUUGUUGCAGCGAGUUAGAAAUGGACGACAGGGUCUCUGCAGGAGUGUUUAAAGAGCAGUUCGCUUUUCUGCGAGCGGCUAUAGAGAAUGUGCUAUGCGAGUUCACCGAUUCCGUCGACAAAAGUUUUGCUCAUUUUCAACUGGAGAUGUGCCGCAAAGAGAAGGAAAUCGAGAGCUUGAGGCUGCGCCUCGAGAUCUCACAGUCUGAAGUGAGAGCCGAACGGGGUCACGCGAGCCCGGCUCUCCGAGUGCUCACAAGAGGUCCCAACAAAGGGAAUGAGAGGGGCGUAGAGCGCACACCGGGGGUCCAGCUGCGGACACCAGUCAUCGGCAGGCAAGCAGGCUAUAAAGAGGGUGGCCAAGUGAAUCAAGAGCUGACAUUCGAGAAGAAACCGGGGGUGUUGAUCCCAGAUCGUCUCACCGGACAGAGUUCCAAGUCAGUCGGUUGGAUUCAGCGCGAAGACGAUGACACUGCAGCCCUCACAAAAACGUUUCCCAAGAGCUGUGAAGUUGGUGCUCCUGUUCGUCUGUCUCCUGAUUGCAAUGGUUCCAGAGACAAGUGGCCAUCAUAUGAGUGGAACAGAAAAGGCAGCAAAGCGGACAGUCAAGUUCCAACUGCCGAAGAGCUCCUUGACCACAAACUGAUGUUUAUUAAAGAGGAAGACCAAGAACAGUGUUCAAGUGACUUUAAUGUAGAACUCUAUGACCAGCAGGCACUGCAUCUCAAGGAAGAAGAUCCCGAACAAAGCACAGAGUUGGUGUUGAAACCCAGCGGACCUGACCAGUCUUUAAUCAGAACACACAGAGAGGAUGCAGUCUCUUCUGCAAGUGGGGUAAGAAAUGAAGAAGAAAGAGAGGCCUCCUCUGGAUUGUCAUUCUGUCAGAUCUCUCUUCAUAACGGUGCACGAUACAACCUUCAAGAACAUGGAAAUCAAAGCAGUUUGAAAAGUUCUCAAUCUGGGACUCCUAAUGUCCAGGGUUCAUUUUCACUUGGGUUUGCUCCGUCUCUCACAUGUACACUGGGGCUUGAGGCUGGUGAACCCCAGAAACGCCUCCUCUCUGCUCUUCAUUGUGGUGUUACAGAAGCUGUGACCUCGCCAAUGCCUACUCAGAACUGUGCAGAGAAGACGUGGCAUGACCAUGACGAGCAUGGGCUCAUGCAGAAUAACGGGGGACCCAAAAAAAAACUCUACAGUUGCCCUGAAUGUGGGAAAGGGUUCAGGUGGAAGAGUAAGCUGCGUGAACAUCAGACCAUGCACUUUGGGGAGAAGCCGUAUUUCUGUGCCGUGUGUGGAAAGCGAUUCAGUUACAAACGUAGCAUUCAGCGUCACCAGGUCCUGCAUACUGGGGAGAAAUGCCACCCAUGCCCAGAGUGUGGCAAGUUGUUUACCACUAAAGAGUAUGUUCAGAAGCACCAGAUUACUCACACUGGAGAGCAUCCUUAUCCAUGCACCCAGUGUGGGCGGAGGUUCAAAAGUAAGCCCAACCUCAAACAGCACCAGAGAAUUCAUGGCAUAGGGAAGUCCUACUGCUGCAGCAAAUGUGGGCGAACUUUCAAAUGGAAGUCGAGUCUCUCGGUUCAUCUGAAGGUUCAUUCUGCAGAAGUGAGUGAAGCAGCGCGGUAGCGAGUAAUGCCGUAUGAGGCCACCCUGUAUCCGUGCGACUUGAUGUGAUUUGUCAUCCAAGGUGAUGGAGGCGAUCGACCCAAAUCAGGAUGGUACAACAGCUCCGUGAUCACUUCAUUUAUCAGCUGCCUCUCUCUGUCUCUGGAAAUUGGACUCAGCAUCUGGGUACUGAGAAUUUUCAUAGAUAAUGGACGUGAAUUCUUAAGUGAUGUAGAACACAUUUUUUCUUUGUACUGUAAUUUGUAUUUAACGGAGUAUUUUAAAGUAAUUAACAGCUGUUUCUUUCAGUAGCACCUUAAGAACAUCGAAGCCCAACAUCAUAAAUGUUUAUCUCCUUUUUCACUCAUUGUUGGUCACACCACCUUUUCGGUUAAACAAAACUCCUCAACCAUUCCAGUACUAGAGGUAGUAGUAGUAGCAGUGAUGUCAUGUAUAUAGUGAUGUAUGUCAAGCCACCAUGGAACACCUCACAGAUGUCGACGAGAAUAUAUUUAAAAACACUCCACGGACAAAAAGUGAGAUUAAAAUCCCAAAUUGUGUCUACAUCUGUAAUGGCUCCUUUAAUCCAAUUAUUGUUCCUUUUAAUCACUGACAGGCAAAAGCGCUAUAUAAAUGUAAUGAAUUAUUAUCUUGAGUGUUAUGAAAAAUGUAAAUGUUUUUGUAAAAGGUGAGGGUUCAGUGCUCAACAUUUUAUUACAUAUUGGAAGGAAUCCAUUCAUUUUCUGAAUUGGUUUGAAUUUCAUGAAUGGUGUUUGUUUACCUGCGGUGGGCUGGCUGCCUUGUGCCCUGUGUUAGCUGGGAUUGGCUCCAGCAGACCCCCGUGACCCUGUAGUUAGGAUAUAGCGGGUUGGAUAAUGGAUGGAUGGUUGGUCAGAGGCUGCUGUACAUUUUGCAGAUUAUGUUGGCAGAACCCUAAUUUGUGUGCUCAGAUGCCCAACCCCCGUGCCUACUUCUGUCAUAGUUGCCAUGGCAACACGAACUUCAGCUGUACGUUUUGAGAAAAUGUGUUCUUCACACCAAGUCCGCUAUUCUGUCCUCCGAGCAAAUGGAAAUCAGCCGAACGAGCGGACUGUGUCUCACUUUCAGUUGAGCAGAGGUUGAAGCGUACGUUCAGUGGGCUUUUCAUCUGUCAACCUAAAGGCUGUCGCAGUUUUAAUUUAUUUGAUAGCAUCUUUGGAAAGACAUCUUAU